AGAGAGAGGAAACCGAUAACAGUUUGACAGCCCAGAAGAAAGAAGAAAAUCAUAGCAAGCGUCAGUUUGACACAUCACUCGAAAUCGAAAGCGGCAGCUCACAAAAAAUUAGCAUUGAACGGAGCAAGAGCCGCACAGCCAGAGCCCCCCAAAUAACCAGCAAGCGGGAUAAUCGAAUCGAAUCGAAUCGAAGCCAGUCCAGUCCAGUCCAGUCCAGUCCAGUAGUCACGAUGUCGGAUCGCAAGGCGGUGAUCAAGAAUGCGGACAUGAGCGAGGAGAUGCAGCAGGACGCUGUCGACUGCGCCACCCAGGCACUGGAGAAGUACAACAUCGAGAAGGACAUCGCGGCCUUCAUCAAGAAGGAAUUCGACAAGAAGUACAACCCCACCUGGCACUGCAUCGUCGGGCGCAACUUCGGCUCCUAUGUGACCCACGAGACGCGCCACUUCAUCUACUUCUACCUCGGCCAGGUGGCCAUUCUGCUCUUCAAGAGCGGCUAACCAGGACGCCUGGGAAUCUGGGAUCCUGGGAGCCUCGCAACCUGGGAGUCCCAGUGCCAGGACGCCCAUCGAUGUUUUCCGGAGGAGGUCGCCGAACACUUUCGUUCCUUGAAUUGUCACAGUCACGCAUAACACUUACACAUGCCCUCUCACACACGCACACGAACACUCACACACGCACACUCAUACACUAACACUCUGACACACGCACACUCGCACACUGACACAAGCACACUCACACUCACACAUGCCCAGUUGACGUUGCGCUGAUACGUUUUGCCCAAAUUCCAAACACUUCGCUGUGCUGACUUAACCCCAACCACUCUGAUGCCAAUUAAAUUGAAUGCUGAUCCUCA